GAGAUUCAAUAUAUUGUGAACUCGAUGGAUCUGACUCCAUCACAUGGUGCCUUUCCUGUUAUGGAGACCUUGUCUCUCAAUCAGCUGAUUAACUUGCAAGAGGUAUGCCAUGGCCAAUUUCCAGUAGGGUCCUUUGGUUGCUUGAGAAAAGUGGAAGUGGAAGAUUGUGAUGGCUUGAAAUUUCUCUUCUCGUUGUCUGUGGCUAGAUGCCUUUCCCGACUUGAAGAAAUAAAAGUAACUAGAUGCGAGAGUAUGGUUGAGAUGGUUUCCCAAGAAAGGAAAGAAAUAAGAGAAGAUGCUGUUAAUGUGCCUCUGUUCCCUGAAUUGAGACACUUGACGUUAGAGGACUUACCCAAGCUCAGUAAUUUCUGCUUUGAGGAGAACCCGGUGCUUCCGAAGCCUGCAAGCACAAUUGUUGGUCCUAGUACACCACCUCUCAACCAACCGGAGAUCAGGGAUGGCCAACUUCUGCUUUCCUUGGGCGGCAACCUCCGGUCUCUCGUCUUGAAGAAUUGCCUGUCACUAUUGAAACUAUUCCCACCCAGUUUGUUACAGAAUUUGGAAGAACUAAUAGUGGAAAACUGUGGUCAACUGGAACACGUAUUUGAUCUUGAAGGGCUAAAUGUUGAUGAUGGGCAUGUUGAGCUCCUCCCUAAAUUAGGAAAGCUGGCGUUGAUUGGUCUACCAAAGUUGAGGCAUAUAUGCAACUGUGGCAGCUCCAGAAAUCAUUUCCCUUCUUCCAUGGCUUCUGCUCCUAUAGGCAAUAUCAUAUUCCCUAAAUUAAGCGAUAUUUACCUGGAAUCUUUGCCCAACCUCACAAGCUUCGUCUCCCCUGGAUAUCAUUCCCUCCAAAGGCUUCACCAUGCAGACCUUAAUACCCCCUUCCCGGUGCUCUUUGAUGAAAGGGUUGCAUUUCCUAGCUUGAAUUUCUUAAAGAUCUUGGGACUGGAUAAUGUGAAAAAAAUAUGGCCCACCCAAAUUCCUCAAGAUUCCUUCCCCAAACUAGAAUGUGUGAGCUUAUCAUCAUGUGGACAAUUGUUGAAUAUUUUUCCAUCUUGUAUGCUGAAAAGGUUACAGAGUCUAGAGAGACUGUUCGUAUGUGAUUGUAGUUCAUUAGAAGCGGUUUUUGAUGUGGAAGGGACAAAUGUGAAUGUGGAUCUUGAAGAGCUAAAUGUUGAUGAUGGGCAUGUUGAGCUCCUCCCUAAAUUAGGAGAACUGAGGUUGAUUGGUCUACCAAAGUUGAGGCAUAUAUGCAACUGUGGCAGCUCCAGAAAUCAUUUCCCUUCUUCCAUGGCUUCUGCUCCUGUAGGCAAUAUCAUAUUCCCUAAAUUAAGAAGUAUUAAACUGGAAUCUUUGCCCAACCUCACAAGCUUCGUCUCCCCUGGAUAUCAUUCCCUCCAAAGGCUUCACCAUGCAGACCUUGAUACCCCCUUCCCGGUGCUCUUUGAUGAAAGGGUUGCAUUUCCUAGCUUGGCCUUCUUACAAAUCUCGGGACUAGAUAAUAUGAAAAAAAUAUGGCACAACCAAAUUCCUCAAGGUUCCUUUUCCAAAGUAAAAAUGGUGAAAGUAGAAUCAUGUGGAGAACUGUUGAAUAUUUUUCCAUUUUGUUUGCUGAAAAGGUUACAGAGUUUAGAGACUCUAUUCGUAGGUGAUUGUAGUUCAUUAGAAGCGGUUUUUGAUGUGGAAGGGACAAAUGUGAAUGUGAACGUGGAUCGUGGUUCAUUAGGGAAUACGUUUGUACUCCCUAAAGUAGCCAAUCUCAUUCUCAAUCAACUACCUCAACUCAGGAGUUUCUACCCGGGGACACAUACUUCACGGUGGCCAUUGUUGAAACGACUGGGGGUGUUACAGUGUCAAAAACUCAAUGUAUUUGCAUUCGAUACUCCUACAUUCCAGCAAAGACAUCAUGAGGGAAAUCUUGAUAUGCCCCUUUUCUUGCUCCCACAUGUUGCAUUCCCUAAUUUGGAGGAAUUAGCAUUGGGUCAAAAUAGAGAUACAGAAAUAUGGCCAGAGCAAUUUCCAGUGGAUUCCUUUCCCAGACUAAGAGAUCUGCAUGUAUAUGACUUUAGAGAUAUUUUGGUUGUGAUUCCUUCCUUUAUGCUUCAAAGAUUACAUAAUCUGGAAGUACUUAACGUAGGAAGAUGUAGUUCAGUCGAAGAGGUAUUCCAACUUGAAGGACUUGACGAGGAAAAUCAAGCCAAGAGGCUUGGACGGUUAAGAGAAAUAAAGUUGGAUGAUCUUCCUGGGCUGACACAUUUGUGGAAGGAAAACUCCAAACCAGGCCUUGACUUGCAGAGUCUAGAGAGUCUUGUAGUGCGGAAUUGUGUCAGUUUGAUAAAUUUGGUACCAUCCUUGGUAUCUUUCCAGAAUCUAGCUACUCUAGAUGUGCAGUCUUGUGGUAGUCUGAGAAGUUUGAUAUCACCCUCGGUAGCUAAAAGUCUGGUAAAACUCAAAACACUCAAAAUAGGUGGAUCAGAUAUGAUGGAAGAAGUAGUUUCCAACAAAGGAGGGGAAGCAACAGAUGAGAUUACUUUCUACAAAUUACAACACAUGGAGCUUCUGUAUUUGCCAAACCUCACAAGCUUCAGUUCAGGUGGUUAUAUAUUCUCAUUCCCAUCCUUGGAGCAGAUGCUGGUGAAAGAAUGCCCCAAGAUGAAAAUGUUCUCUUCAAGCCUCGUAACUACACCAAGGCUAGAAAGAAUAAAAGUGGGAGAUGAUGAGUGGCCUUGUCAGGAUGAUCUGAAUACCACCAUCCAUAAUUCGUUUAUAAAUGCACAUGGUAAAGUUGAGGCUAAGAUUGUGGAAUUGGGAGCUGGUUCAACAUUAUGAUUACAUCAUGUUUUGUUCUUGGGAAUAUUACUCUUUGGCUGGAUUGAUUCCAUGUUAAUGCAAUAUGUAUCACUCUAUCUCAAUCUAUUUGGUUAUAUUUUAGGUUUAUAUAGAUUUGUUGGAUUGUAUGAUGUUUUCCACAUUGUUCAUAAUUGUUGAAAUUUCUUCAUAAUUAUGGAUGGUCACUAUUUGAGUCGCAUAAUGAAUCUCCACUUGAAUCA